GUCUCUCCUAACUUGGAAAAGGAGGUAUUGAAAAGAAGGCGGAGCUCGAGAAUAAUCUUGAAGAAUUCGAAAGACUUUGCCAGGUGGACAAGGAGGAGAAGGUUGUUCACCAGAAAGAGAAUGUGAAGAAAGGGAGAAUCUGCAUGGCAUGGCAGGGGUGUGAUAUGCCAGACAGAGGGAGAGGGGGUAGAAGAGGUAAACAGGCACAGAUGACGAAACUCCUCCUACACCAUGCAAAGUAAUUUGAAAUUUAUUCACUAUUCAGUGGUGAGUCACUCAGGAUGCUUUUGGUGGCAACUGACAGAAGGAGUUACCGCUGGAGGUUUGACCAAUAAACAAAACGGAUUAACUCAUAUAACUGGAAGGCCAGAGAAAGGGCACAAUAUAUGCAGUGUCCUCAAAGGCUCAGGUGCUUUCACCUCUUUCCUGUUCCAUCCUCAUCAUGUUGCUCACUCUUCUCAUGAGCACAACAUGGCUGCAGUGGCCUCAGGCAUUGCAUCCUCACAUGGCAACAUGCAGAGGCAAAAAAGAAUUGUAUCUCUUUUUUAUGUGGACAUUGCCAUCCCAUGCGACAGCAAGGGAGCUCGCUCAGUGGGUCUGAUGUGGUGGAUGUUUGCCCGGGAAGUUCUGUGCAUGUGGCACCAUCUCCCGUGAACGCCCAUGGUAAGUCAUGCCUGAUCUCUACUUCUACAGAGAUCCUGAAGAGAUUGAAAAGGAAGAGCAGGCGGCAGCGCAGAAGGCUGUGACCAAGGAGGAAUUUCAGGGUGAAUGGACCAUUUCAGCUCCGGAGUUUGCUGCUCUGCAGCCUGAGGUGGCAGACUGGUCCGAAGGCGUGCAGGUGCCCUCUGUGCCUGUUCUGCAGCUCCCCGCUGAAGACUGGUCUGCAGCUCCCACUACUCAGGCCACUGAAUGGAAGCUGGGAAAGCAAAUGACUUUAAAGACAGGUAACAAUCUUUUCUAACUCUGGUGGUUUCUAAUUUGCUUUCAUCAAAAUUGAAAAAAGUUGUAAUAGAUCUGUCAGCUGAUAGGUUCUUAUGAAUGACAUUCGACGACAGAUCACCUAUGUGAUUUUUGGCAUGUAACUCAGAAAACUUUUGAAGAAUUUCAAAGAGUGACCUUGCUUUAAUAAUAAAACUCUCUGCUUCAUCUAU